AUGACGCCGUCUUAUCAAGCCACUGUUGUGACUCCUUCUACAUCACCACACUUCACACACAACAUCAAAAUGAAGUUUCUCUCUCUGGCUGCCGCAGCCUCUCUGGCGACUGCCGCCUUCAUUCCCGAACAGAACCCCAUGGCUCUUCUCAAGGAAAAGCCCCUGGUGACUUCGGAAGAGCUGCAGAAACACAUUUCCGAGAAAGGCCUCAGACACCGAGCGGAGCACCUAUUCAAGCUGGCGGAGAAGUCCGAAAACGAGUUUGGUCACCCCACCCGAGUGAUUGGCUCCGAGGGACACAGAAAGACCCUCAAGUACAUCAUCGACAGUCUCAAGAAGUUCAACUACUACCAUCUUAGCAUGCAGCCCUUCGAUGCUGUUGCUGGUAACGUUUUGGAGAGCAAACUGGUCAUUGGAGGCGAGGUGCCCAAGUCAAGUGCCCCGUUCUCUCUGACUCCCGGAACCCCCGAUCGAGAGCCUGUCUACGGAAAUAUCACGGUUGCUCUCAACGAGGGCUGUGAUGUGAACGACUUUGAGAACGUCAAGGGCACCAUUGUUCUUGUUCGACGAGGAACUUGUCCCUUUGGCGACAAGAGUGCCAAUGCUGGAAAGCGAGGAGCCAUUGCUUGUGUGAUUUACGACUCUGAGCCCGGAGACAACACUGUGUCAGGUACUCUUGGAGAGCCCAACGAGCACCAUGUCGCCACCUUUGGUAUUUCCAACAACGAUGGAGUCAAGUACAUUGAGGAUCUGGCCAACAAGGGUCAUCUUGAGGGCUCAGCUUACGUGGAUGGUUACGUCAAGACCGUCAAGACCUAUAACAUUCUUGCUGAAACCAUUGAGGGUGAUCCUGAGAACGUGGUUUGUCUCGGAGCCCAUUCUGACUCUGUCACUGAGGGCCCUGGUAUUAACGAUGAUGGAUCUGGAACUAUCUCUCUGCUUGAGACCGCUAUUGCUCUGACCAACUUCAAGGUCAAGAACAAGGUGCGAUUUGCUUGGUGGGCUGCUGAGGAGGAGGGGCUUCUCGGUUCUAACUAUUACGCCAACAACCUGACACCCGAGGAGAACCAGCAGAUCCGAUUGUUCAUGGACUACGAUAUGAUGGCCUCUCCCAACUAUGCGUACCAGAUCUACGAUGCCAACAACAAGGAGAACCCCGAGGGCUCCGAGGAGCUGAAGCAGCUGUAUAUUGACUUCUACGAACGUGAGGGUCUCAACUACACGUUUAUUCCCUUUGAUGGUCGAUCUGACUACGUGGGGUUCAUUGAUAACGGUAUUCCCGGAGGAGGAAUCGCUACUGGAGCUGAGGGAGUCAAGACCGAUGAGGAAGUGGAGCAGUUUGGAGGUAAGGCUGGCGACUGGUACGACCCCUGCUACCACCAGCUCUGUGACGAUCUGAGCAACCCUUCGUACGAGGCAUGGCUGGUCAACACCAAGCUCAUUGCCCAUUCUGUGGGUGUUUACGCCGAGUCUUUCAAGGGCUUCCCUAAGCGAAAGGAGGUCAAGAAGGACACUGUCAAGGUGGAGGGUAUGACCCCCAAGUACAAGUACAAGGGCCAUUCUUUGGUUUACUAA